CCAUCUUGAACUUUUCUAUGAUAGAUGCGCAGUGCGCUCGCAACGAUGUCAUUCAAAAAGCGAUAAAGGCUUCAGACAAACUUUACGUUGCAGGGCUAACCACAGAGUGAUGCACAGCACUUCAAGGCUAUGUGGUAGAAUUGGCGCUCAGGAGCCAGUAUACUAAAUGCACGCCUUUCCCGUCAGCAAUGCCAGAUUCUGCCUCUCGCAAGUUCAUUGAUCUCAUUUUCAAGACGUCAUCCAAGUGGGCUAAUUGGGACCCGCCGAUCACGAUCAAGGUCAGUGGGACACUAUGGACGAUCGAUAGGAGAACCGGAGUGCUGCAAGUAGAAGGGAAUAUAUACGACGAAGCAUUUCAAGAGUCACUGAAGCAGCAAGGCUUGAGGAUCGAUUUGUCUCAUUCAUCGUGCCAGCCGAUAAAGGGUGCAGUCGAGGAAGACAUGAUCAUGUCCUCGAUUGACGUUAAAAAGGGAGAGAUUUCGCUCACGCCACAAGUCUCCGCUCUCGACUUGGCUUCUGCCUCCUUCAAGGCCGAGUUCCAGUUCCAGCAGGGCAAACGAGGUGCCGUCUUGGUAAUGCACAAGCCACAGCAGGAAUAUAUUCCUCAGGGCAGGGUUCUGAACAUUAUCCACGAGGCGCGCCAGUUAAGGGAUAAAUACAUCGUCAGUAGCACAUUUACGUGUCCGGGGUAUUAUCUGUACUUGUCCAACAAGUCCGGAGAGAGGGUGGCGCUAGCGCUUACUGCUAAUGCACCGGUUGCAGCUGCAAUAGGUGUAUCUGCUGGCGGAGGAGCUUCCGUCGAUUGGUGGACGGACGCUCAAGCAGCGUUUCUCCGAAAGGCGUUUGAUAAGGCUGGACAGUAUCGUUACACGCCUCUCUUCGACCUCAAGCGCAGGCAACCUUGGUUCGAGCGAACAUUCCGUGGGGAGGAGGUACACCUGACAGAAGAUGAUCUGUGGCCUGAUUGUCCAACACCAUGGGAUCCUCUUGAUGAGGACGGAAACGAAGAUACCGUGUACGAGGAAGUACGUCGGAGUUUGCUAGCCCCUCAUAUUGAUCUUGACCUAUGAAGUGACGAGGACACCCUUUCCCGCCGAUCUGCGGUGGAGGGUUGUUUUCCAUUCGUAUGAUAUAUCGAGAGCGAGGCUACAUAAUAUAUGUACUCACCCCUUGAUCAGGUUAUGAUUGCCUGUUGUGUUGUUUGUUUCAUGCAUCAAUUUCUCUGAUCUGCAAUGGUUGUGUACGUAUCGUCACGAUCUUAAAUCUCUAUCAUAGCAUCUGUAAGUAUACCAUGCGAUACAUUUUUAUUUGCCCUCAUUGUCCAUUCCAUAUUGCAUGCUUAUACAAGCGAGUGAUUCGACAACAGGAGAUAAUGCUGGUGUCUGUCUGUAUGCCCAUUAGCUGUGAUAUUGAUCGCGUCAUGUCUCCGUACUUUUGAUAUCUUAACUCGAAUAGAUUCGUCCUGGCAUAUGAUAUCGCAGCCCGCCCCUUCGUCUCCGAGGGGCGGGAGGGACUAUAAUAGAUAUUUGAA